AUGUAUAUGUGUGCGUGUUUGUGGUAUAGGGUGCGAAGAAUCUCCGGAAACCCAGUCCAUGAGGUUGUGGUGCAAGGCCCUGUGGAUGGUCUGGCUACUGGCACCCCACUCUAUAGUGUGGCGGUGCAAGGCACUAUAGAUGGAAGGACUACUUGUAGAUCAAUGGGUUGGAGGUUUGGUACCUGGAAUGUAGGCACGUUGACAGGAAGAAGUUUGGAAGUGGUGGAGGAGCUGCAGAGGAGAAUGGUUGACGUGGCUGCAUUACAGGAGAUCAGAUGGAAGGGUGAGGGUACAAGGUUUGUGGGGGCUAAAGGUGGAAGAUAUAAGUUGUGGUGGAAGGGGGAUGAUGGUACGGGAGGAGUUGGUGUGAUGGUAAGAGAAGAGUUGGUGGAGAAGGUGUUGGAAGUGAGGCGGAGAAGCAAUGGUGUAAUUGUGGUGGUGAUGGUGUUUGGAAAAGUAAUAGUGAGGGUGAUAUCAGGAUAUGCUCCGCAACAAAGUAGGAAGGAAGAGGAGAACGAUAGGUUUUAUGAUGAUAUUUCUGACGAGAUUGGGCAAACGGGGUUGGAUGAGUUUGUAGUGUUGUUGGGUGAUUUGAAUGGUCAUGUGGGGGCGGAUGCAGACGAAUAUGAAGAACAUCAGAAACAACAACGGCCACAACAGCACCAGCAGCGACGACAUCCAAGCCAGCAAUCUCGCCCAGAAUUAGGAUAUUUAUUAUUCCGUCCAAUUUCUGUUAAAAACAGCAUCGGCAGUUAUUCAAACAACGCAAACACAAACAACAGCGUUAAAAUCGACAACAACAGCAGCAGCAACAAGAUCAACAACAGCAGCAAGAUCAACAACAACAUGAUUGACAACAAAAACAACAACCACAACAACAAGAUCAACAACAACAACAUUUGCAACUGCAACAAAAACAGAAAUAAAAACUUUUAUACAGAAAACAGAAGUUUUAACGAUAAUUGUGAUAACACCAUAAUUCAGCGCGAUAGAACAAACGACGACAACAACAACAUCAACAACAGCGAUGACAUUACAUUCACCGUCUACGAUAGGCACGAUUGCAUCAGUUGUUAA